AUGUCAAGAACUUCUGUCGAAAAUUUGCCUAAUGAAACUUUUUAUGAAAUCUUUGAUUAUUUCGAUAUUUAUGAAAUCUAUGUUUCAUUUUCAAAUCUUAAUCAACGUUUUCAACAAUUAAUUAAUUCAUCAUCUUUACUGUUAAAAAUAAAAUUUGAUUGUUUAUAUGUAGAAGAAACAUUUACGAAGAAUUACCAACAAAUUAUUCACCUCAAUAAAAAUCGAAUAUUUUCAAUUCAAGUACCGACAUCGGAUUAUACUUAUCAAAUUAUUUCGUCAUUUAACUUUGAUUCAUCAUUCACAUGUCUUGAAUCAAUUGAUUUUAAUGUUGAUGAACCUAAAUUAUUAACUUUACUCAUUCCCAAAUUAACUUGUUUACCUCGUCUUUUCUCGUUAAACAUCAACUUAGAAUCUGAUCAAAAAGAUUUCGGUGAUAUUUAUCAAUUAAUUUUCAAACUACCAAAAUUGAAAUAUAUUAAACUCGCGGUAGAACAUUCUGAUCAGUUCGAUACGACUGUUUCAUUACCAAUUGCUACUAAUCAACAAAUUAGUCCUAUCGAACAUUUUAUUAUUGACCAUGAAUGUGCAUUUCAUGACAUUUUCAAUAUAAUAUCUUACAUACCACAAGUUCGUCAUCUGAAAUUUGUAAAUCUUAUUAACAAGAACGAAAGAAUUGAAGAUAUUAAACCAAUAAUGUUAUCAAACUUAACACAUCUUUCUAUUAAUGCAGAUGAAAUUUCAUUUAAUAAAUUUAAAACAUUCAUUAUUCAUUUAAAUUCUAAAUUAAAUUUUUGUCAUUAA